AUGCCUCCAUCCCCAGCCAUGAGAAUUUCUCCGAGGAGGGAGCUGAGGGCUGAGAAUCAUAAGAGAGGACGUAGCCUUGGGAACGCGAUUCCCUACCGGGAGAAGGUUGAUGAUCUUGCUCUGUUCAAUGAGGUGCAGAAUAAAGAAAAAGAGAAUUUCUUGCUUCAAUCAAAUGAUGACUUUGAAGAUGCUUUCUUGACAAAAUUGAGACACUUUUCGGAUAACAAGGGUGGAAUCACCAUUCCUGCUCGGGGAGAGGGUAGUGACCUGCUCAAUGCAGGAGAUAAAAAUGAUUAUGACUGGUUAAUAACUCCUCCGGAGACUCCACUUUUUCCUUCUUUGUCGCCUGACACCUCAAGAACGAAGAGCAAAAUGAUCUAUGCAAGCUCCAACAACACGUUCAAAAGGGAAUUCAAUGGCACUCAGGUGGAGCUGCAAGCAACUGAUCCAACUGAGCUGGGUCUUGAUGUCUUCAAAAGCUACACAAAUUAUAUUUCUCUGAGUCACAUCAGAGUAUGA